AUGCAGAGUGAAAUUUGGUAUUCAAAAUAUCAAGUGAAUAUAAACAUGCAACGAACUCUCCGAAGACACAAAUCGACGCGAAAACGAAAGGACUUGAAUUUGUUGCGAUGUGUUCGCUUUGGAAUUGAAUUUCUCUCUUGAAGGUCUAUUUGUGUUUCUGAAUGGCAUCAUCUGUAGUUCAGGGAGCAGGAUUCGACGAGAACCGUUUUGAUGGUCCUGUAAGCGAUAACUUCAAAUGCACGAUAUGUUUUAAUGUCCUCAACGACCCGAAGAGUUGUCAGAACAACCAACAUUAUUUCUGCAACGCGUGUAUCCAUCAAUACGUUCAGAAUUACUCCCAGACUUGUCCUGAAUGUCGACAGGAAUUGACGGUGGAAACGUUGGUCACACCUCCCAGGAUCUUGUUGAAUUGUAUUUCAGAGCUUCGCAUCAAAUGUGAUCACGUUGAACGAGGUUGUACCGCCAGAGUUCAACUUGAAAAACUUAAAAAUCAUCUCGAAGAAUGUGGCUUUGCUCCGGUUACGUGUGCGAAUGAUGGUUGCGACGCGGUUGUCAACAAACGGGACAGAAUUCACCACGAGACUGAACUAUGCGAGUUUCGCAGAGUGCAAUGUCAUAAUUGCGAAGAAUUGAGAAAUGAGAUGUCGAGAUUGAGCGAUUUGAGCAAAACUACUGGUCAAAAACUAGUAAAGUUGGAAGGAAAGCUGGAUCAAGUCACAACACGGCUUCAUACUAUCGAAGGGAAUGUUAUGAGCAAAAUUACCGGGUUAAAUUUGGCACAUGAACGAGGAAAUGCGAGCGUUGUUCAGGAAAUUACCGAGAUCAAGGGUUUUAUGAACGAUGUGUUGCAUAAGCUAGGUGAUAUCAACAAUGUUGUCUGCCAAAUGCAAGCCUCGGGAACCCAGGAGAAAGAAAAAAAUCAUAAAGAAGACGAGCGAGUUGGUGGACCAGUCGUUGCUUUGGGUGAUAAGGAAGAAAUAUUUGCUGCAUUAGAAAGGCAAAACCUGCAAGAGAACCUGCUAUCGUUGGAAAAGGUGCAACAAAAAAAAGCACAGGCUGGAUCUCUUCGUGAAAGCCGCAAGGGCACUACUGGGAAAAGCGAGGAACCAUCUGUUCUCGAUGGGCCGCCUGUUCUGGAAGAUUAUUAUAGUGACGAAGAUGAUAAUUCAGACGACGAUUCUCGGAAUGUUUUAGCAAGACUCCCAGCGAAAGAACGAAAAGAAACACCGAUAAAAGAUAACGAAAAUGGCGCCGGAAAUUUUAAGCCAAUUGCCGGCGCUGCCGUCGCUCAAUCUUCGCUUAGAUCCACUCCUCUGAAAAGCAAACUAUUUAACCCUAAGAAGAGUAAAAAGAUUAAAAAAGGCACGCAAGUGAUAGUUCGGCUCAAUAUCAAUAAUCAUGUUCGGAAAAAGCUAGGAAUGGUUCAAUAUGUCGGAACUUUACCUUUUGACAGAAAGAAAACUCAUGUUGGAGUCGAACUGUACUCUGCAGACGGUGAUAACGAUGGCGUGUUUGAUGGGAAACGAUAUUUCCAGUGGUAA